GUUUCGUCAACAGAAACACAUACAUUCUUGUGUUAGUGUUUUGCUGCAAGUCCCGGGCGCGUGUCCGUUGCCUAACAGAGCUGUGCAUCGCGAGUGAUAUUGAUAGAAAAGGUCUAGCAAAUGGGAGUGGAGAGGACAUUGCUUUCAUCCCACUCGUCUUCAACGCUCAGUGAUAACAAGCACGGAUGUGAUGUGAGUUAGCAGCUCCAGUAAAUGCAUGAGUGACUGAACGCGGCUGGACGAGUCGCCUCCAUGACAAUAUAAGUUAUAAGAUAUCCGGAAAGCAAAGAUGACUGAAGGGGAGGAAAAGGAGAGCAGAGAAAAGGAAGAGGGAGUGGAGAGCUCGAGCUUCUUGAGCAAAGAGGGGGGAGGCGCGUGCCCUGACGAAGCGGCUGCGGCCCCAGAAUGCGAGGGCGGCGGCGAGGAAGACGCGCCGGAGGACGGCGACGCCCACGAGGCCUUUGGGCCAAGUGGCGUGGCAGACGAAGAGGGGGAUAGAAGUGGCGGAAUGUGUGAAAGCAGGGGAGGAGAGGCAGGCGCAGGAACCAGAAGAAACGGGGAGCCAGAGGUUGGCGGAACCGAAGGCACUGAGCCGGAGGGCGGGACGCAGGGCGGGCGGGAAGGGCGCCCUCCCGCCAACGGUGGCUGCAGCAGCACCGCAGUGGCCGGCGAGGAAGGGAUGUUCAGCGACGUGACACUGAACUUUAUGACGGGCAUGUCUGUCAUGAGGAACCUCUUCGCGUCCCUCAGCGACAUUCCGGAGGACUCAGGCAGCUCCUCGUCGGACCUUUUCCCUUCCUUGUCUCUUCCCACCACUUGCAUCGACUCCUCCCCCUUGGCCCUCCCCAGCCCCGUGUCCGUCACGUCCCCCUUGUUCCUCCCCACCACGUACGUCGCCCCUCCCUCUGCCUCCCCCGCUGCCCCCUCAGCCGCGUCUUCCACCUCCUGGAGCUCGCGCGUGCGGCAGCUGGUGAGGAAGUUCAGCGUGAGCGGCGGGGCGGGGCUGCUGGACAACGCCGGCCGAUUCCUCAACCGGUUCGUGCUCAGGAAGAGCAAGAGCCUCCCCGGCGCCCCGGUCUUCUACAGCGAGGGCGGGGGCGAGGAGGAGAAGGGGGGCGAAGUGUUCGAGGCGGAAGCGGACUCUAGAGGUGGAGGAGGAGGAGGAAGUUCAGAGGAGAAUGAGGAUGAGGCGAUGGACCACCAGCCAGGAUGGGUGAGGAAGAGGGUGUCGGAGAUUGAGCGGAUCAUGCGGGAGCGAGCGUUGGAGCGCGAAUACCUCGAAGAUGAGAAAACGAGGAAGGAUAGUUUCAAGAACCUCAGGUCUGAUGACGAAGAAGGGAUCGGAGUAAGGAAAGAAAGCUUCUGCCAGGAAGAGGAAGGUGCACGUAAGGACACAGUUUUGCUCGAAAUGGAGAAGGAAGUCUUUGCGGACCCGGAGGACUUUCCAGAGAGCGGCCACGAGAAGCUACGGCGCGGAGAAGGCAGCGAAAUAGUCGUGAUGGAGUACGCACGGGAGGAAAGAGAAGGCGACGGAGGCAAGGAGAACGAACUGGAGACCAGGGGAGGCCCAAGGGAAGGGCAAGGGGCCGGAUACGCCAACGGGGGCCGCGAAGACCACAAGGAAGGUGAGUCGGAGGCAGGAGAGACCGAGCGAGAGGACUCGGAGGAGACGCUCAGCGAAGACGGGAGCGAGGAAGACACCAACGACGAGGACGACGACGGGGAGCCUCAGGUCGAGCUGCGGGGCCAGAGUCGCUCUCGACCCGCCUCGCUGUACAGGUACUCGAGCGUGAGGCCUCGCACCAUCAUCAUGGGCCUCGGAGUGUGCACGGAGACGCAGUUCUUCAGCGAGGACUUCGGCGAGGGCGUGAGUGAGACCGAGAGCGAGGAUGAAGAGGAGUUCGUCACUCCCACGGGCGGCGUGGGGGGCGUGGCAGAGGGUAGCACGAACACCCACCAAGCUCAGACCUCCGCCCACGCCCAAAGGUCGUCGUCUUCGAGAUCGGGGUCGCGGCCGCCUUCGCCCUCCGCCGGCAAGGCUCAGGCGCGUUCGCAGUCCCGCCCGCACUCGCCCCUCUCCGACAUGGACACCGAAUCGAAGAGGAACUCUCAGGCGGUCAGCACCGAGCCCUCCGAGAUCGACGACCACAGUUCCGUCAGGAGCAGUGACCUAGAGUCGUGCCACGACCUUUCCUCCCCACGGUCUUCCCUCUUGGCUCAGGACACCACAAGCGUGCACGAGCUCGACCACACUGUCGACGCGCGCAAGGACAAGGCCUACAGGAUCGCCCACGAACUCCUCAACACCGAGAGGACGUAUGUGAAGGUCCUCCACCUCAUUGAUCAGGAGUUCCAGUUCCGGGUCGACCAAGAGAACCGAGCACACCACCUCUUCCCAGCUGACAUCAUCCCCCAGAUGUUUUCUAAUGUCAAGUCCAUCUACAAACUCCACCAUGACUUCCUUCUCCCUCAGCUUGAGGAGCGCAUGGCUCAGUGGGAGCAGAACAGGAGAAUUGGUGAUAUAAUGAAGAGUUUUGCUCCAUUCUUGAAGAUGUAUACUGAAUAUGUGAGAAACUUUGACAAUGCAAUGACGAUCAUUAACUCUUGGCAAGCCAAAUGUCCAAGAUUUGCUGCAAUCAUGGAUGAGAUACAUUCAAUGGAAGUGUGUGGCAACCUUACCCUGCAGCAUCACAUGUUAUCACCUGUACAACGCAUCCCUCGUUAUGAAAUGCUGCUUCGUGAAUAUUUAAAGAAGCUCCCAGAAGAUUCUCCAGAUCGCCACGACACAGAGAAGGCUCUUCACCUGGUUUCAACGGCAGCUAAUCAUGCCAAUGAUGCCAUGAAGAAAAUUGACAAGUUUGAGAAACUGCUGGAGAUCCAAGAGAGUCUAGGAGGAGCGGUUGAUCUCGUCUCACCAACAAGAGAGCUUGUCAAGGAGGGGAAGAUUAUAAAGAUCUCGGCUAGAUCUGGAGACCAUCAGGAGAGAUAUGUCUUUUUGUUAACAGACUUAUUGCUACUGUGUUCACCACGCCUGAUGGGAAGCAGAGUGAUGAGUGGUCCUCAGUACCGUCUCCGGGCCAGGUACAAUGUGGAGAACCUGCAGGUGCAUGAGGGAGACAACCUGGAAACAGCAAACACAUUUUACAUCAGAGAUAAUAAUAAAUCUGUUGAACUCUACACACAAACCAUAGAGGAGAAAGAACAAUGGCUAGAAGCACUAUUCAGGGCGAUUCAUGAGACUUACCAAAGGAAGUCUUCGCUGAAACUCCACUGUAACCCAGACCAGCGCGUUGUGGACCUUGACCUUGGGCAGAAGCAGCCAACAUUGAUCCGAUCAGACUCGGUUACCAAAUGCAUGGAAUGCGGGAGCCAAUUCACCAUGGUGCGGAGGAAGCACCACUGCAGGGCAUGUGGAGCAGUGGUGUGUAGCAAAUGCUCCAGCUUCAAGGCCAGUUUAGCUUAUGAUAGCGGCAAGAAUGUCCGUGUGACUUGCCAUGCAACUUGUUCAUCCACUGCAACCCCUUCUCCGGAAAUAAACGAGGGGGAUGAGUGCUCUAUACACACAGUUAAAGAGCCUCCUGAUUUAGCUUUUAGAAGUAGGGGGGUUUUAGAGGUUUCAGCAGCAGCAGAUGGUGCUGUGGCUCAAGGUUUCCUCCAACUCAAGACACAUCGCAAAGCUUGGGUGAAGCGGUGGUUUGCUCUGCACACUGACUUUGUUCUGUAUUCCUUCAAGUGUGAUAUGGAUGACCAGGCACUCACAGCAACACCAGUACCUGGGUUCACUGUCACACAUCUUCAGGGCACAAGAAAUGAAAGUGGUAUUAAUGAUAAGGAAAAGGAACGAGCAUUUAAGCUGCACCACUCCAAGAAACAGUAUAUAUUCCUGGCAGCUUCAAAGGAGGAUUCUUUAAGAUGGGUAGCAGCACUGAAGAAAGCUUCACAGGCAGAGCUGCCAUCUCCGGUUCAAUGACGAGAGAGGCAGGUGAUCGAAGCCCUCAUUACAUGUCUGUGAGAACAACCACACUUGCACACACACACACACACACACACACACAUACCUACACUCAAGAGAUUAAAUAUGUACUCAAGUAUACUGUAAUGCACCUAAGUAAAUACUGGUAUUGGAUGUUAGUACAGUCAGGAAUAUGACAGUCUUUAGAUUUCCUUAACAAGGUUUAGUCAGUAUUGGAAUCCCCAUAUUGAAUCCUAACUGAGAAAUGAGAACAUAGCUAAAUUUCUGAGCUACUGAUAAAGAUCCAGAAGAACAGUUUACUAAAUACUAUGCAACAGAGGAAGGGUAACAAUAUAUAGCUGGACCUUUUAAGGCUUAGGUAUUAAGUCAUAUUCCUGUUUGAUGAAAUUAGUAUUUCAUACACCAGCUGUAGAAUUCAUACGUCCAGAAAACCCAUAAAUGUUGUGACAUCCAGCAUUUGGAACUAAGGGGAUGAAACGAAGCAUCUGCAAGCCAACGGGGAUAUGAUAAUCAAAAUUAUUUAUUGAUGUCGAUGUUGCAAACAAAAAAGUCAAUAUAAACUACUCGUCUCCUCUUUCUUAAUCUGCUCUUGGCGUGGGCAAGGUGUUCCAGUUUGAUUUUUAUUGCUUUGGCUGUGAGUUGUCUAAUCUGUGUUUGGGGAUUUAGGUUAAAAAUCUCUCUCCCAAAUGUUUUUAGCAAUUUGUUUGUAUAACUUCAUUUAUUUUCUAAAUUUUAGGAUAUGUGAAAGGCUAAUGGGAAAAAUCAAAUGAGAACAUCAUAUUGACAGUUGGUAUUCCUGUUAUGUAUGUUCUUUUUAUUGGAAUCAGCAUCUUUUCCUCCUUUUUAUUUACCCUAUAUUCAGGGUUUAAUAUAAGAUAAGAGAUUUCUCUUCAGAAUUUAGGUAUUUGUUGGUUUUCUGUAUUUUUUUCUGUUUUAGCAUAAUUUUAUAUCACACUUUUAUUUGAGUAAACCAUAUCCAUGAUCUUCAUUAUGAAUCUACCAAAAUAGGCCUUCAUUUGCUGUGAUUUAAAUCAUAUCAGGAUAUCUUAAUUGAAUGAACAGCUUUGGAAUUUUAUCAUGAUUAAAAAAAAAAAAAUCAGUGCCAAACAAAUUCUUGCUACACUGCCUCCUAAAUCUCUUAAGCUGUCUAUUCGUUCUUAUGGAUUACAAGUGACAGUCGAGUGGUGGUAUAACCCGUGGACUUACUUUGUGUAGACUUCGGGCAGAGUGUGAGAAGGGAUGGGAAUGCUUGUAUGUCUAGAUUAAUCCUAGGAUGUACACCUGUGAUUGGGAAUGGUGUUUUAGUGGCUUCUAGAGUCAAGUUAAAGUGUACGUGUGUGAUGGAAAAGGUAUAUAGUGGCUUUUAGAGUCAAGCUGUCUUUAUGGCUUAUUGUCAUAGAAUCUUGUGCACCUUUCUUCUAUGCUUUAAAAUGCUUCAUCGUGCUUCACUUAUCUUUUUUGACAUUGUCUGAGUGCUCUACAUUUCCUUUAGAGUUAAUCAAGGAGUAUCUCUAACACAGACAACCUGUAAAAGAUCAUAUUUUUUCUGCAUUUCGUCUGAAGUGUAUAUAGAAACUGUAUUGGAGUGUAGAGUGUUUCAAGACAGUGUAUUAUGGUUGGAAAACUUAACAUUAAAAAAAAUGAAUAUCUCAAGCAGUGCAGUAUUUUCAGUAACUAUUUAGGGCUUGAAUUCGUUGUUAGAUUUUUUUAUUUUGAUAUGCAAAAUUGAUAAAUUGGUCACUGAUUUAACUAAAAUAAAACAAAACAAAAAAAAAAAAACUUGGGCUUUCAGUUCUAACAAGCAUUACACAUCAGACAGGUUUGGUUGCAGAGGCUAUUAACUGUCAAAAAAAAAGAAAAACAAAACAAUUUCCACAGAAUUGCUUCAAAUAAAAGGCCAAAAACCAUGCUUCUUUUUGUGAGUUAAUUGCGUCUUCAACCUGGCCUUUCACAUCACAAGUUGUACUCACAGAGCGUGUAGAAGCUCGGUCACAAAGCCUCCGCUACCGUACUAAAUAUGUGUAUAAUGUACAGGCUUAUUCACUCACUUUCACCAAAUUGGACAUGAUGCACGCUUAUCUUUUUUUCUCUUGUUUUCUUGCUGUAUAACAGUAAAGGAUGCACAGAUUAUCUAUACUUAAUGCACAAUUCUUAAAGAAUAGCUAAUAUAAAAAUUUGCUCUAGGAAGCAGUAGAUAAAAUUGUUGUUAUAUGUGUUCUGAGUAGGGACACUUCACAUCUUUAUCUCUUUUUGUACAGUAGGGUUUACUGUAUCAACUUUAUAUGUGCCAUAUAAAUGUGUAAAUAUAUGAGUCUCUUAAAUAUUUUCUUGUUUAAAUCAGAAGAUGUGUCAUUAAUUGAAAGUUUCAUGCUUUUUUUUGUGGGUGGUGGCAGACAUAAGAAGUGUGAAGGUAUUACAGGAUGUAUACAAACAUGUUAUGUAAUGUUCACUAUGGAGCUCAGUAUCAGUGAUCAAUUAUUAUUCUAUGAAUAGAGAAAUGGCAUUAGUAAUAACUUUAAGUUCUAGGUAUGGUAAGUAUGUCUUUAUGAAGUUAAUCUUGAUUCUAACAGCUUACUUCAGAUUUCUGGCUUAACAAUAAUUCUGUAAAAGCAGACCAUCACUAAGACUAUAUUUUAUUUACUAUUGAAAUAGAUCAAACAGAAUUCAAAAUUACAAGGAACAUAUAUAUACAUAAAUAAGGAAUAUAAUGUAUCGCAUCCUAGUCUAAGUUCUUUUGUCUGGAACCAUCGAAAAAAGCAUGUCAUGCAGAACCCUUGAAACAACUUCUGACCAUAACAGGUUUCACCAGUUAAAGAAAGUUUUACAUUAUUCAGCAAAUAAAGACAGAGAAGACAAGA